AUGGGAAUAGGAGGAGGAGGAGGAGGAAGAUGGCCAUCGUCAGAGCCCUUUGUUGCAGUCAAACUUAACUUCAUCUUCUCUUGUAACAGUAAAGCCUUCCCUCAACAGAACUGGGACUACAUGGACUGCUGUGGCGCAUAUAAUAACAGCGGUAGUAGGGUCAGGGGUACUAUCCCUAGCAUGGAGCAUGUCUCAGCUGGGGUGGAUUGCAGAUCUCCUGACCCUGAGCUCGGACCCUCCAGAAAUAAAUCUUACCCAGAAGCUGUUCAAAUGAUUUUGGCCAACAACUCAACAAUAAAAGGAGGAGGGGAUGAACCCCAGACCCCUCGACCAGACACAGAACCAGCUGCUCAUGCAAGAGCAUGUGCCACAUGGUUCGCUGAUCGUCGAGCAAAAGUAAACUUACAGUUGCCUAAAUCCGUUGAUAGGAUUUUACAGUCAUCUAUAAUGAGACCAAAGUAG